UCGACUAACGGGUCCUGACGUCACGCUGCACCAGCUGUAUAAAAGGCUGUUAGUCCAGUGCGUCGUAUCACUCCUCAACAACACAUUAAACACACAACAUGAAGCUUUUGGUGGUGCUGUGUUUGGUAGCGGCUGCUGCAGCCAUGCCACAGGCUGGCCUCGUAGGUCCCUCCGGAGUCAUCGGACCAUCUGGUCUCGUAGGACCCUCGGGGCCCGUGCAGUUCCACCAGCCUGCAUAUGCGUUCCUUGGUAACCAUGCUCACGCCCACGUAGCUGCCCUCAAUGCUCUCCGACAGCCAGCAAGAGUCGCCGCCAGCUUCCAGGCUGCUCCUGCCGUGCCUGGUCAGUACGGACUGGACGCUGCUGGCUGCGUCACAGGUCCUUCAGGCAGGGUCUGCCCCACAGGCAACAUCCAGUUCACUUAAAGACAAAUCUUUCCCCCUACCCCCUCCCCUCUUUCUCUAUGCCUGUGUACUUACUGAAUGUGUAGCCUCGGAGAGCUAAGGAACUACUGUAUUUGAUGGUGUUCUUUGUAAACCUUCCUCUAGCAGCGCCACAACAAUCUUCAUGUUGAACAAGAUGGCUUGGAUUUUCUGGAAUUUCAUACACUGCUGAGAAGUAUAUUUUAUGUCUUACUGAAAAUAAUCAUCAGUAAUGAUGCUGAAAUAUAAGUAAACAUAGUUUAAAUUAUACUGAUGUAUUAGUAAAAACAAAAGUGUUUUGUUUUGAUAGAUAAUUUUCGGGAAGUUUCUUGAAUACAACUCAGGAGUAGCGUAGUGGAGCCCAGAUAGCCAGCCAUAAGUCUUGCUAUCAACUUCAUUUUCAUUAAAAAAAAUUUUUUUUAAAAUAUGUAUUAUAAAAAAAGUGAUGAAUGGUGUAUAACCAUGGUUUUAGCAUGGAUUUAUUGUUCAUACAAAAGUUAGCAUACUCCAAAUGACUGAAAAAAAAAAUGGUUGUAUGUUUCAUGUUAUUAUCGAAAAUAUAAAUACAUAUCUUGGUAUUAAA